GUAGGGGAAGAGGCGGAGAUUAUGUGAUAGAUGUCAGAUUAUGGUAGAGAGAGAAAGUAUUUGAAGGUUGAUACUGUUGGUAUAUUCUGGUCCGACGGGAAUCAACUGUUUGCUAUAUCUAAGUGGCAGCCAUUAUACCAAUUCUAUAUGAACAAAUCAUUCUCUCUUUCUCUCAUCCAUCCAACUCUGUAAAUGUUCUUACACUUGCUGAGACGAUCGUAUGUAUGAUUGAUUCAAUUUCUCUUGCGCAGUGGCUGAAGGUUUUAUGGUACUCUUGAUCCAAUUUAGGGUUCCCAAUUGGUGGAGAUACAAAUGCCUAUUUUGUUAUUACACCUCAUUCAUUUCUAGGAAGCAAAUCUCCUUUGGCAAUCUCCUUUUUAGGGGAAAACUAUUAACAUUUUCAUGUUUUCAAUCUCACUUCUUUUAGUAGUAAAAGUAAGCUUUCUCUAAAUGGAUUGCUGUCUAUGUUAUCUUCUGAAAGUCCAACCACUAUAAUAUCAUCCAAUUCUCUGAUUCAUUCCUGUCCAUUUUGUGGGCAAAUCUCCUUUGGCAAUUACAAAGUUUGCUCUUUUGGGCAAAUCUCCUUUGGCAUUAGGUCUCUCCAGCUUUCUGGACAACCUAUCUUCUUUCUAAAACUAUCCCCAACACCACAACAUCUCAUCUAUCGUUGCUAUGGAUUUCUUCAGCGACUGUGAUAGUGUAACCGAGAGUAGUUGCAGCGAUGACCAAGAUGAGAUUGAGCUUCUCUAUGAUGGUCAAGCAUGCAAUAUUCUCUCCAGCCUCGAGAAAAGUAUAGGGAAGAUCGAUGAUUUGCUCUCCUUCGAUAGAGGAUUCCUUUACGGAGACAUUGUUUGUUCUAGCCACGAUCCAUCUGCCCAGAUGGGAAGAGUGAUUGAUGUUGAUAUAUCUCUGGACUUGGAAAAUCCUCGAGGAAGAAUGUUAAGAGAUGUGAACUCCAAACGAAUUACCAAGAUCCGGUCUAUUUCUCCUGGUGAUUUUGUUGUUCAAGGACCCUGGGUUGGAAAAGUUGAUAAAAUAGUUGAUCGCGUUAAUAUACUGUUUGAUGAUGGUACUAAAUCGUCUUUUGUUGCAAUUGGUCCUGAAAAGCUUGUGCCUAUUUCUCCCAAUUUGCUUGAAGAUUCUCAAUAUCCUUAUUAUCCUGGUCAGAGAUUGAGGGUAGAACUGUCUUCUUCUUUUCCUAAACCUGCUAAAUGGUUAUGUGGCAGUUCGUGGACGGAGAAAUGUAACGAAGGGCAUGUUUGUUCUGUUGAGGCGGGAAUUGUUUAUGUCGAUUGGAUUUCUUGUGCAGUUUUCGAGGGUGAGAAGAUACCCCCUUCUCGAAUUGUGGAGGAUUUAAAUUGUUUGACCCUCUUAUCUUGCUUUUCUCACACGAAUUGGCAGCCCGGUGACUGGUGUAUAUUCGAUAGAAGAAAGGAAGAGAAUAUUCGUGAACUUUUUGUCAUAUCGAGGAUGAAAACCAAAGUUGAUGUACUUUGGCAAGACGGAAGUGUCACCAGGGGGUUAGAAAACAACGGUUUGAAUUUGAUGCAUGUAAAUGUUAUUGAUGCCCACGAUUUUUGGCCAGAUCAGUUCAUUUUGGAAAAGGGGACUUCUGACGAUUUAGAUAUUGGUGAUAAUCGAAGAUGGGGAGUUGUGAGAGCUGUGGAUGCGAAGGAAAGGAUUUUGAGUGUGAAAUGGAAAGGAAAGGAGGAGUUAAUGGAGGAAACUAUCAGUGCUUAUGAACUUGUUGAACAUCCGGAGUUUUCAUUUUCUUACGGUGAUGUUGUGUUCCAAAUUGACGUAAAACGAGAAAAAACUACAGAUGGUGAUUGUGUUUCCUCUGUUGGAACUGUAAUGGGGUUCAAAGAUGGCAAUGUUCAAGUGAAAUGGGCAAGUGGACUUACAACUGAGGUGACUCCAAAUCAAAUCUUUAGAAUGGACAAAUAUGAAGUUCCAUUUCUUAGUCAAAUUGUCCAAGGGGAAAAUGUUGAGAAAGUCAUUCAAGAGAGCAAUAAUCAAGAAAAUGAAUCAUUUCAUCCAAUAGAAAAUAGCUCAACUGACUCGGUGGCCUGUUCACUUCCUCGAGCUGCUCUUGGCAUAUUUACAAGUAUUCUUGGGGGUCUGUUUGGCUCCUCACAGUUCACACCAUUAUCGGAUUCAUCUGAACAUCAUUCAGAAGAUUUGCGUGAGCAGGCUGCACCAGAAUCUUUCAUCGAGUUGGAAAACUUGCAGCAAGUUGAAGAUGUUGUGUAUGAUGAAAAAGCGUUUUUGGUAUCCUCCAGUAGUGACAACUUGCAAGCUUUUAAGUCAUUUGAUAUGGUGACCGGUUGCUCUGACCAUCACUUCUUUGAUUGUGCUGGCAAGGAAUUUCCAUCAUCUCAGGUGAGAAGAGGUUGGUUAAAAAAGAUUCAGCAAGAGUGGAAAAUACUGGAGAAAGAUAUCCCUGAGACAAUCUUUGUCCGCAUUUAUGAGGAAAGAAUGGAUUUAUUGCGAGCAGCUAUAGUUGGUGCUCCCGGAACUCCUUAUCACGACGGACUCUUCUUCUUUGACAUUUUCCUUCCCCCUGAUUAUCCUCGGGAACCACCUAUGGUUCACUAUAAUUCGGGGGGUCUACGCUUGAACCCGAAUUUAUACGAGUCAGGAAAAGUCUGCCUCAGUCUUCUGAACACUUGGGCUGGUUCAGGAACUGAAGUAUGGAACCCAGAUAGCUCAACGAUUCUCCAAGUUCUCUUGUCUCUCCAGGCCCUCGUUCUAAACGAAAAACCCUAUUAUAAUGAAGCCGGAUAUGAUAAACAUUUGGGAAGAGCCGAGGGUGAAAAGAACUCAAUAAGUUAUAAUGAAAAUGCUUUCCUAGUUAGCUGCAAAUCAAUGAUUUACCUCCAUCGCAAGCCACCAAAGCAUUUCGAGGAUCUCGUGAAUGAACAUUUCAAAACUCGAGGCAGACACAUCCUAUCGGCUUGCGAGACAUACAUGAAAGGAGCUCCUAUUGGCUGCGAUUUCACAAUCAAAGAAGACAAAUCUGAAUAUAUAAAGGGUAGCUCGACGGGUUUCAAGAUAAUGCUCUCCAAACUCAUACCACUACUCGCGGGAGAGUUUGGUGGAGAAGAAGGGGUGUAAAAUGGAGGCCAAGUUUACACUAGCUAUGCUUGUUUGUGAAUAUUAUAGUGUGGUUGGGAAUAAAGGUUUUAGCAUAAUCUUUGGCUAGUGCAUGGUUACAAGAUGUAUCUUUGGUUUAGUUUAAAAUAAUGAGUUUUAUUUGCCUAACUCACUUUGUUUGUAACCUAAUAGGUGUAAUAACUGUUUUUCCAAAUUCUCCGGUUUGGUUUGGUUUGGUGUGUAUUUUCUCGAAUUGGCCGAUAGUUGAUCAGAAAUGGUAUUUGAUUAUUCGACAAUGAUAAUAAUAAGUUCAUUCUGGUCAUAAUUUUUAUUUUU